AUGCAACUUCAAAGAACACUUAGAAAGACAGUCAUCCUAGCAGUACACAUGGUAGUAGCCAGGUGUGCAAUGUACGGAGAGUACGAUUGCUACAAUGGAAAUAUGUAUAACAACGCAUGCGGAUACAACCCACAGCCAAUGCAAACUCUUGACGAUGCAUACUACUACGGAGACCUGGAAUUUGACGCAGUCGGAUGUAACCUCGGCGGAUGCUCCACCGGAGGAUGCUCAGUCCAGAUGGACCCCACCCCAGCAAUUGGCGGAGGAGCGUUCCCUGAACAGCCCAUCUACAGCCAGCCAUCCUUCCCCAUGCAGCCAUCCUUCCCAGCACAGCCCUCAUUCCCAGUUCAGCAAUCAUUCCCUGAACAGGUAUACGGCCAAGGAUCCUUCCAGGGACAAGAGAGCUACGAGAUGUCCUCAGGAUACUUCACCGAGUCAUCAGCAUCAGGUGCCGCACAGGCACACACUGCCACCUGCGCCAACAACCCUGCAAAUAUCUCCUCUCAGCAGGGAGCCACCAGCGGAAUGACCGAGCAGAUCACUGUUCUCCUGAACGGAAAUGUUCCAGUGGAGAUGCACCCAACCACCAUCACUGUUGGUGAGAACACAUACCCCCUGAGCAGCACCCCAGCCAUUUCAGCACCAGCAUCCCUUACAGUUGGCCACGCACAGAUCCACGAUCUGAACCUAUCUGAGGCCAUCAUAAUUGAUCUGCCAACGCCCACCCGCGAGGAAAUAGCAGCAGCAGCAGCUGGAAACAGCGCAGCAGGCCUGACUGCAGCCCAGCUCAAGAAAGAGCAGGAGAUGAAAGACGGCGACUGCAAAGACAAGAAAAAGGGCAAGAAAGGAAAGUCUGGAAAGAAGGGAGCAGCAAAGGCUGGCGCAGUCCAGAAGAAGAAGAACGGAGUAGCCGGCGUAUCUACGCUCGUAGCCAUUGCAGUUCUUCCCAUCAUUGCAUUGCUCAUGUAA